AUGACUAACUAUCCUGGUUCCCACAAAUCCAAUUUAUCCAUUGCUAUUCAAAAGGCAGAUUCUUCUACAAGUAAUCAGAAUAAUAACAGUAAUAACCAUGACUUCAACAAUGAAAACUUACAACCGGCUUCUUUGCUCCCUAACUUAAUUCAGCCUAGUACUCCUACGAGUUCCACCACGUCUCCCGUUGUUAAAUCGUUCAAGCCUGAAUUAUCGCCAUUAAAAACCAGCUUUCUGGAGGCUGAGGAGAAAAAAAGUUUGGUACAAGAACAUGUUGGAAAUGACGAAGAUAAACACGAGAGGGAAGAUGAUGAAGACGAUGACGAUGAUGAUGAUGAAUCUAUUCAUCCUGAGAAUGAGGAAGACUUGAAAGAUUACGUUCCAGGAGGUUACCAUACUUGUUACAUUGGAGAGAAUUAUAAAAAUAAUAAAUACACAUUAGUUCGUAAACUAGGAUGGGGCCAUUUUUCUACUGUGUGGCUUGCUAAAGAUAAUGAUAAACAUUGCCAUGUUGCUAUGAAAAUUGUUAGAAGCGCAAAACACUACACUGAAACUGCCAUAGAUGAAAUUAAAUUAUUAGAUAAAAUCACUACCUCAGAUAUCCACCAUCCAGGCCAUGAACAUUCUAUUCAGUUAUUAGAUACUUUCACACACAAAGGACCCAAUGGGGUUCACGUUGUUAUGGUAUUUGAAGUUCUUGGUGAAAACUUAUUGGGCUUAAUUAGACGUUAUAAGCAUCGUGGAAUACCAGUGGUUUUUGUCAAGCAAAUAGCCAAGCAAUUAUUAUCUUCCUUGGACUUCUUACACAGAAAAUGCGGUGUUAUUCACACUGACUUGAAGCCUGAGAAUGUCCUUAUUGAGAUUGGUGAUGUGGAACAAAUUGUUAAAAUGGUUGAACUUGAAACGAGUGAGGCAAAGAAACAAAAGAAGUUACAGAAAUCAAAAGCCAAGUCUGAUAGUGUAAAUGCUACGCCUGAUACAUCAUUUCAAGAUACUUCUCAAUCACAACAAACAACUGGUAUAGCCUCCUCUUCAAAGCCAUCAACUAAUUCACCUUCUUUAGGAAGAAAUGGUAGAAGAUCAAGACGACAAACUUUGAUUACAGGAUCCCAGCCCUUGCCAUCGCCUUUAAGCACGUUUAAUAAAUCAUUCUCGAAUGUUUAUGCACUUUCUAGCUCUACUACCAAUACUCCACUGAAGACAUUUUUUGAAGGUGCUCAACCUACUUUGAUUAAUCAAUCAGCAUCAUCUGAAGUUGCUAUGGCAUCCUCAAACACUAACAUUCCUAAUUACGAAAAGCAAGACACAUUGAACAGUUCACUAUCAUCUAUGUCAAUAUCAAAUGCUGGCCGAACUAAUACAACUACAGAUCCACUACAGAUCCCAUCGGGCUUUGAUUCAAGUAUGCAGCAGAAUGAGAGUAAUGAAAACUCUUUCAUCAUCAAUGAAGAUGAACUUAUUUCAGUAAAAAUUGCAGAUUUGGGCAAUGCUUGUUGGACAAGUCAUCAUUUCACUGAUGAAAUUCAGACAAGACAAUACCGCUCACCUGAGGUUUUAUUAGGAUAUCACUGGGGUGCGCUGGCUGACUUAUGGUCAUUUGCUUGUUUGAUUUUUGAAUUGUUAACUGGUGAUUACUUGUUUGAUCCAAGAGAUGGUAAGACAUAUACUAAAGAUGACGAUCACAUCGCGCAAAUAAUCGAGCUUGUGGGACCAUUCCCAAGAGCCAUGUUAAAAGAAGGUUAUUACACAAGAGAUUUCUUUAAUUCGAGAGGGGAACUUCAUAGAAUUCAAAAACUAAAGCCAUGGGGUAUAAAAGACGUACUUAUGGAAAAAUAUAAGUUUUCAGUGGUUGAUGCUGUUGAAAUUGCUGACUUCUUGCUGCCAAUGUUGACAUUGCAACCUGAAUUGAGAGCUGAUGCUGGUGGAAUGGUUAAUCACUCCUGGUUAAGUGAUGCACUUGGAUUAGAAAAUGUUGUCUUAGAAAGGCCCGUUGGUGGUUCUGGUGAGGAUAUUCCUGGCUGGUCAAAGGAAGUUCUGAACCUGAAUAUAGGAGGUAAAUAUUAUCAUCAUUAG